GUGGCCAAUUACUUCCCUACUAUCAGUGCGGCAAUAUCUGUUUCUCCACAGCGGUACAUAUGGCGCGUUGGGAUAGCACUCCAUACUGCGCCACGGAUUCUGGUCAUUGGUAUAUACUAUAACUAUUUCACUGAAAUUGGAAUGCCCCACCCGGUCCUGUGGUAUAUAAAAUUAUGUAGAACAGCAUUUACUUUGCAGUUGGUAGAAAUUCUGUCUCUCCUUGGACUUACAAUGGUUGCAUCACGGGAGUACAAACCGGCUCAUGAAAUUUUCUUUGUCACUUUUAUAAUGUCGUCUCUUCUCUACAUGAUUGCUAUGAAUCUUCAGUACUAUUUGUCAAGAAAAAAACUAUGGAAUGCCUUUACUCUCGAGGAACAAAAACAUCAAAAAAGGCUUUUAGGACUUUUUAUCUUUAAUAUAACCUGUUUUUUUGUUAGUAUGUACUUCUUCUACCGACACAAUCGGUACUGCGAGCCUGGCGUCUAUAGUAUCUAUGCACUGGUAGAAUCUAUUAUUAUUGUUUCUAAUAUUACAUUUCAUGUUGCUGAGAGCGCCAUGUUCACCAAAAAAGAAAUUGUGUUUGGUACUGAAAGUCUGAAAUCGCCUCCCAAGUCUGAUUAG